CUUCAUACGUCUGAAAAGCAUUUCAGUGUUUCAUUGUAAUAAGAAGUUAAUGUUUUGUGGACAGGAUGCCUCGUGUGCAGCCUUUUUACUCUGAAUUCUUCUACAGUCCUCUGACAGAAGAUGUGGAGGAACUACUGGCUCGUUUCCAGCAGACUGACUCUGUCAGGUAUGGGGAGUUUUCAGCCAUUUGGAGGGAGAUGAGCUUCUCCGAUGUCUUUGUAGGUGUUACCCGUGUGGGUGAACUGAGGAGAUUUUGCAGAAUAACCUUGGCCACAGCCAUGAAGUACUUCCUGCCUCCAUACAACUACCAGAUUCGAGUAGGAGGCUUGUAUUUGAUGUUUGGUUUUUACCACACACAACUUGCCAGACCACCUGUGCAAAUUAGACUCUGUCUGAGGGACUAUGCUCAAGUACAGAAUUUUCUCAAGGACUCUGUGGAAGCUGGACAUCAAGAUGUUGUUUACAUAUAUCAAAAACUUGUUGCAGACAAAGCCAUACACUACACCGCCAUGCCACAUUUUCUUACCUUCCAAAAGCAGAGGAAACAAAAGGGGGAACCUGUGUGUGCAGAGUUUCUUGGGAGGACCACUGCCAUCCAGGAGCUCCUCUCUGGAGACAGCGUGGAGGAGUUGACCAACAUCCAGAACCACUAUGAGAAGCUGAAGGAGGCCACAAUGGAGGUUAGGUGCAAGGUCACCAUGUCCCAUCGAGACUUGGCCGCCCGCCUGAAAGACAGCAUGUCAGAGUUCAUCAGCUGGCAGGAGAAGACUUUCUCACAGGAUAACAAAGACAAUAACUCCGGUGAUGAUGCGGAGGAGGCAGCUGAGGCCGAGUCUAGCCGCAGCAGGGCCAGGCUCGUGUCCUCCAUCAAGCAGAAGAGCUACAGCAAUUUCCAGGUGGCGUCCAAGUCCAGAAGGCACCGACAAGUCGAGACGGUGGACUCCUCCAGCUCAGGGACAGAGCAGGUCCAGGAGGCAGCUCUGCAGCGAAAGAGGCCUCCCUCGUUGCGGGCUCGGACCUGGAAGAGUCUCAGGGUGAUGCCGGAGGAGAACAAGCUCCAGGCCUGGCUCCUGAGUGCUCCUGAACAGCGGGAGAAGGUGCCGGUGAAGAGGACCAAUCAGUUACCACCUUUCAAGCCGUGAUUGGAGGGGAGGAAGGAGGAGUUUCAGCUCCGCAAAGAAGUUCUCUUCUGUUCUUUGUUUUUCUUCUAGGUUAAACCACUUCAUUUGAUUUGAGUUGAUUUUUUUUUUUACUAAUUGUGUUUGUUCAGUUACUACAAAAAUUAUACUGGAACAUUUGUUAAUAAAUGCAUUUCAUAAUUGUCUC